GCGGGGCCUUUGGGGGCGGGUCCCGGUCCGGCCAGUGCGGGGACGCGCGGUGCCGCCCAGGAGCGAGCCAGCGAGGGGCUGGCGGAGUCCGAGCGCCCGGUCCGCUGCGCGGGAUGCUGCCCUGGACGGCGCUCAGCCUGGCCCUGAGCCUGGCGCUGGCGUGGGCGCGGAGCGGCGCGGAACGCGGGCCCCGGGCAGCAGCCCCCCAGGGGGACCUGCUCUUUCUGCUGGACAGCUCAGCCAGCGUGACUCAUUAUGAGUUCUCCCGGGUCCGGGAGUUCCUGGGGCAGCUGGCAGCCCCACUGCCCCUGGGCCCCGGGGCUGUUCGUGCCAGCCUGGUGCACGUCAGCAGCCGGCCCCACUCGGAGUUCCCCUUCGGCCAGCACAGCUCCGGGGCCGCCGUCCAGGACGCCAUCCUCGCCGCUGCCCAGCUCAUGGGCAACACCAACACGGGCCUGGCGCUGGCGUACGCCAAGGAGCAGCUGUUUGCCGAGGCUGCGGGGGCCCGGCCGGGGGUCCCCAAGGUGCUGGUGUGGGUGACCGACGGCGGCUCCAGCGACCCCGUGGGGCCCCCCAUGCAGGAGCUGAAGGACCUGGGCGUCACCGUCUUCAUCGUCAGCACCGGCCGGGGCAACCGCCUGGAGCUGUCGGCCGCUGCCUCGGCCCCUGCGGAGAAGCACCUGCACUUCGUCGACGUGGACGACCUGCCCAUCAUCGCCCGGGAGCUGAGGGGCUCCAUCCUCGACGCCAUGCAGCCGCGGCAGCAGCUCCGCGCCUCUGAGGUCACAUCCAGCGGCUUCCGCCUGGCCUGGCCGCCCCUGCUGACCGCCGACUCGGGCUAUUACGUGUUGGAACUGGCACCCAGCGCGGAGCCGGCCGCCGCGCGACGCCAGCAGCUGCCGGGCAACGCCACCGGCUGGACCUGGGCCGGCCUGGACCCGGACACGGACUACCACGUGGCGCUGCUGCCCGAGUCCAACCUGCACCCCGUGGGGCCGCAGCACCUGCGCGUGCGCACGCUGCCGGGGCACGCCAAGGAGGCGCUGAGCCUGGCCCAGAUGCAGGAGCAGACACUGCAGCUGGAGCAGCAGUCCAAGCUCAAGGAGUACGAAGCCGCCGUGGAGCAGCUGAAGAGCGAGCAGAUCCGCGUGCAGGCUGAGGAGCGCAGGAAGACGCUGAGCGAGGAGACGCGGCAGCACCAGGCCAGGGCCCAGUACCAGGACAAGCUGGCCCGGCAGCGCUACGACGACCAGCUGAGGCAGCAGCAACUUCUCAACGAGGAGAAUCUACGGAAGCAGGAGGAGUCGGUGCAGAAGCAGGAGGCCAUGAGGCGAGCCACCGUGGAGCGGGAGAUGGAGCUGCGGCACAAGAACGAGAUGCUGCGGGUGGAGGCCGAGGCUCGGGCGCGGGCCAAGGCCGAGCGUGAGAACGCGGACAUCAUCCGGGAGCAGAUCCGCCUGCGGGCCGCCGAGCGCCGCCAGACCAUCCUGGAGUCCAUCAGGACGGCUGGCACCCUGUUUGGCGAAGGAUUCCGGGGCUUUGUGACCGACUGGGACAAGGUGACCGCCACGGUGGCUGGGCUGACGCUGCUGGCUGUCGGGAUCUACUCCGCCAAGAACGCCACGCUGGUGGCCGGGCGGUACAUCGAGGCGCGGCUGGGGAAGCCGUCCCUGGUGCGGGAGACCUCCCGAAUCUCACUGCUAGAGGCGCUGCGGCACCCCCUGCAGGUCAGCAGGCGGCUGCUCAGCAAGCCUCAGGACGCGCUGGAGGGAGUGGUCCUCAGUCCCAGCCUGGAGGCCCGAGUGCGGGACAUCGCCAUAGCGACGCGGAACACCAAGAAGAACCACAGCCUAUACAGGAACGUGCUGAUGUAUGGGCCGCCCGGGACGGGCAAGACGCUGUUUGCCAAGAAACUGGCGCUGCACUCAGGCAUGGACUACGCCAUCAUGACGGGCGGGGACGUGGCCCCCAUGGGGCGGGACGGCGUGACUGCGGUGCACAAGGUCUUUGACUGGGCCAGCACCAGCCGGCGAGGCCUCCUCCUGUUUGUGGACGAAGCAGAUGCCUUCCUCAGGAAGCGAGCCACCGAGAAGAUCAGCGAGGACCUCAGGGCAACCCUGAAUGCCUUCCUGCACCGCACGGGCCAGCACAGCAGCAAGUUCAUGCUGGUCCUGGCCAGCAACCAGCCCGAGCAGUUCGACUGGGCCAUCAAUGACCGCAUCGACGAGAUGGUCAGCUUUGAGCUGCCGCAGCGGGAGGAGCGGGAGCGCCUGGUGAGGAUGUAUUUUGACAAGUAUGUUCUUAAACCAGCCACAGAAGGAAAGCAGCGCUUGAAGCUGGCCCAGUUUGACUAUGGGAAGAAGUGCUCCGAGAUUGCACACCUGACCGAGGGCAUGUCGGGCCGGGAGAUCUCCCAGCUGGCUGUGGCCUGGCAGGCCAUGGCAUAUGCCUCCGAGGACGGGGUCCUCACCGAGGCCAUGAUGGACGCCAGGGUCCAGGACGCCAUCCAGCAGCACCGGCAGAAGAUGCAGUGGGUGAAGGCCGAGCGAGCCAGGCCCGAGGGCAGCCAGCCCCCGCCCCCGAGUGCACAGACGGAGUGAGCUGGGCCUGAACCCGGGGACCCCGGGCGCACUGGCUGGGCAGCACCAGGUGCCAGGUGUCCCGGAGUAGUGGGUGCUGCACAGCCCCGCGCCUCCCCAGGGUUUCCGUCUUCCUCUGGUCAGGCCAGGGCAGCAUUCCAGCCUCUGCUGCGGACAGCUGCGGCUCUGGUGUCUGAUGGGAACCUGCCCUCCACGCAGUGGUUGUGGCUGGAGAGCCUCAGGCUAGGGCCACGCCUGGGACGUGUGUCUCCAGCCAGGCCCAGAGCAGGGGGAAGGCAGGUCCCUGGCAUCUGGCUGCUGAGGCUGUGACCUGCAGGGGGCGGAGCUGGACCUUGCGGGGCCCAACCAGACCAGAACCCGGCCAGGACUGAGCGGAGCAGACCCUGUGGUGCCCUGCACACCGCUUUGUGCCCUUGGGUACCUGGUGGAUCUGCACCCGAGACCCCCGACCUGCUGGGGCGCUGCCCCGGCCCAGAUGGCCUGCAGCCCUGCCUCUCCUGGAGCUGGGUGUUUCUGUCAGAAUCUAAUAAAAAACUGACAAGUA